AUGGGUUGUUGCAGUUUGCCAUGGGCACUGACAAACAGCCUGGGAUGCUUGGGGUGCAUAUGUUGUCGAGAGUCAGAAUCUGUGAUGAUGGGUAACAGACAGAUGGGUUGGUGUUUACUCAAACGAGGGGAGGGGGAGAUGCAAUGGCUGCGGUAG